UACACUUUUCAGGUCUUCUCCCAGCGGAAGCUUCACCUCGGAGGACGUCACCAGGGCUGCCCACACCAUGAAGCUGCUCUCCAAGGCUCUCUGUCUGUGCAUGGCACUCAUGCUGACCAACGCUGCACCUAUAGACCCCGAAGAAACAGGGACAGCCGCAGAAGAACAUGCCCAGUAUGACCGGUGCAGUGGCCUCGAGUUUGAUGCCAUCACCCCUGAUGAGAAAGGAAAGACCUUCUUCUUCAAAGAUGGCCGACUGUGGAGUGGCUUCGACGGCCCAUCUCAGCCCGUCGGUGAUGUCUUCAAGGAGCUGGACAAAUUUGACCACGUGGAUGCCGCCUUCCGCAUGCACAAGCCGGACAACCUCCAGGACCAUGAUCACAUCUACUUUUUCCUGGGUGACAAGGUGUUCAGCUUCUAUGACCACACACUGGAGGAGGGGUACCCAAAAGAAAUCCAGGAGGACUUUCCAGGAGUUCCCAGUAACCUGGACGCGGCCGUGGAAUGUCCCAAAGGGGAAUGUGCCUCCAACUCUGUCCUGUUCUUCAAAGGAAAUGACGUGUACGUUUACGACAUUGAGACAAACGUGAUGAAGACAAAGAUGUGGCCUAACCUGCCCGUAUGCACCUCUGUUCUCCGCUGGCUGGAGCACCAUUUCUGUUUCCAUGGACACAACUUCACCAAGUUUAGCCCUGUGACCGGAGAAGUGACCGGUGCCUAUCCAAAAGACGCCAGGCAUUACUUCAUGAAAUGCCCCAACUUCGGUCAUGGCGGUAACUAUACUGUUCCUAAGUGCAGCGAGGUCACCCUGGAUGCUGUCACAUCUGAUGACGCAGGCAAAACAUAUGCUUUCAGAGGUCCCAUCUACAUCCGUCUGGACACCCACCGCGACGGCAUACAUGCCUUCCCCAUCAGCAGGUCUUGGAGCGAGGUGGCCCAUGGGGUGGAUGCAGUUUUCUCCUACAACGACAAGAUGUAUUUCAUUAAGGGGGAUCAAGUGUACAUCUAUAAGUCAGUGGCCCAUUACACUCUCAUCGAGGGCUACCCUAAAACCCUGAAGGAAGAGCUUGGCAUCGAGGGUCCGGUGAACGCUGCUUUUGCCUGUGCCAAUGAAAAUACUGCUCACAUCAUCCAAGGAAAUGAAAUGUUUGAUGUUGACCUGUCUGCUACCCCACGGGUCGUGACCAGUAAAACCCCCCUGCCUAUCUCUGACAUCGAAGCCGGUCUCUGUGGUCCUGAUGGAAUCAACGUGUUCAAGGGAUCGCACUACUACCACUAUAACAGCCCGAUGGAACUCGCUAUGAGCAAGAUUAUGCCCAGGCCUUUGCCCAUCAUGUCGGCCAUGAUUGGUUGUCAAGAUUAGGAGUCAGACAUGAGCCAGGAUGAUCUAAGAUGAGAACAUUUUAACUUUGUACUUUUCCAAAAAGUACUCGCAGCAGUUCUCCAAAUCAACACACACACAUAGAAAUACACUGUAUUUUUUUUCCUAUUAAAUUUACAUUUUACAUCUUGGAAAUAAACUCUUUGCCCAUACAGUGAGGUUUCUGUACAAGAUAAUGUGGUCAAUAAAAUAGACAUUCAGAAGAAAA